AAAAGAAAACAUAAUUACGUCAGUCUCUGUUUUUAAAGUAAGAUCGAAAGCGAUUAUUUUGUGUAAAUUGUAAAAACUGUACUACUAAAAGUCAAAAGGUGUUUUAUUUCAACUAAAAGGUUUUCAAAUAAGAAUUUACGUGUAUCCUAUAUUUACAGUUUGUGGAGUGUAAGUCUUGUCCAUAAAAACGGCUUCAGACAAACUUAACGUGACUGAGCAACCAAACUACAAUACAAUGUAUCAGAAUCAAGGCGGCUACCCUCAGGGUGGCUAUCCUCAAGGCGGUUACCCCCAGGGAGGGUACCCUCAGGGUGGUUACCCCCAGGGAGGGUACCCCCCGGGAGGUUACCCCCAAGCCGGCUAUCCCCCCGGCGGCCCGCCACAACCGGGAUUCCAGGCUUAUGGAGGUGGCGGUUAUCCCGCGGGAUAUGGUGAGCCAACGGGAUACGCGGCUCCCGGCCAAGGGGUGGGGGAAGAUGGCGAGGUCAAGGGGUUCGAUUUCACCGAGCAGACCAUCAGGAAGGCUUUCGUCAGGAAAGUGUACGCCAUCUUGAUGUGUCAACUGCUCAUCACAAUGGGUUUCAUCGCGCUGUUCCUGUUCCACGCACCGACCAAACAGUGGGCAGCUAGGAAUCCGGCUAUGUUCUGGGUUGCGUUCGCGACGGUGUUCGUGGUGCUGAUAGUGAUGGCGUGCUGCGGCGACGUGCGCCGCAAGGCGCCGCUCAACUUCAUCUUCCUCGGCAUCUUCACGGUCGCGCAGAGCUUCCUUCUGGGGGUCGCUUCUAGCGUAUACGAUGUCGAUGCUGUGAUGAUGGCUGUGGGCAUAACUGCGGCCGUUUGCCUCGCCCUGACUCUGUUCGCGCUGCAAACAAAAUACGACUUCACCACCAUGGGCGGUGCGCUGCUCUGUGCCGUCGUCAUACUCAUGAUAUUCGGUAUAGUCUGCAUCUUCAUACCGUCAAACAAGAUAGUCACCCUGGUCUACGCUUCCCUCGGCGCCUUGAUCUUCUCCCUUUAUCUCGUUUACGACACCCAACUCAUGCUCGGCGGUAAACACAAGUACAGCAUUUCCCCCGAAGAGUAUAUCUUUGCUGCACUGAAUUUGUAUCUGGAUAUUGUCAACAUUUUCUUGUACAUUUUAACCAUUAUUGGGGCGUCGAGGAACUAGGAUUCGGAGUAAGGGCCUCGGUCGGAGUAGGGAUUCAAUACCGGUGUAAACGCAUUUCGAUGAAAAGAUAAUAAUAUUAGUAUGCUUAUUUGAUAUACAGGGUGUAAAGUUCCGCUACACCCUGUAUAAAUAUUAGUAAACCACCCUGUAUAAAUUAGGGGAUUAUCUGUUUUUAUAGUAAAAUAAAAAAGGACUUGGUUUAAAUCUUGUAAUGUUACCUGCGAGAGUAUUUAAUAAAUGAGCUUUAAUAUUUUUAACACGAGUAAUUAAUUAUUUUACCAAUAGCCUUAAUCAUCUUUUAAACUUUUCAAGAUAUGUCUCUCAAACUGGUUUAAUUUGAAAGGUUUUAUUCCAAAUUUUAGGCUUCAAUUGGAAUUGACCUCCAUAUUCCCACGGGUACGAAGUCUCGUGCAAAAUGUAGUGAUACAUCCACAAUACAUGAUCUCAAACCUUGUAAAAAUCGACCAAUCACAUCACGUCUGAGAAACAAAAACGCGCUCUGAUUGGUCGAUUUCAAACUGCUUCGAAGAAUCCACGCGAAUAUAAUCUAUGUACAGUGAAUCAAAAAAGUAUACAACCAUCGCAUCGUAGAUACUUUUACCACUUUGUACACUUUUUUUAAGCAGUCCACUGUACUUAACUAUUUAAAAUAACGAAAUGCGUUUAACGUUAAUGUUCGAAUCCAAUUUUUUGUGUGUUUGUUUGUUUAUUUGUCUUAUAUAAUUUCGUCUACGGACAUUCCGAUUGUAUUUUUGAAUUGAAAGCACUUCUCGAUGUGUGUAUGAUUUGUAUGUAAAGCGAUGCAUAGAAAUCGGGGUUCUUAUUACUCGGCUAUGUAAAGAAGGUAUUGAGAAUAUUGUAUUUUUAUUUUAAAGCAGUAUUGUUCUCCAGUUUUAUGGUUUUAAUUUACCAUUGAAUCCUAAGCGCGUAUUUCACAUGACUAAAUUCAGAUUGAUUCAGUUACUUUUUCAGACUAGUGAAAUACAGUUUUCUGUAUUAAUGACUUAAUCAUUUAGGACUGGAAUGAGUUUAUGGAAAUUGUAUACGCAUUUUAUUUCUACCGCGUGUAAGGUGUUUUUUUAUUAAAAUUUAAUUAAAUACAAAUAUCGUUUCAAUGUUUGCAAUUGUAAGGCGCUAAAAUUGUCAGUCACUUCUUUACGUGAUCGUAUUAUAUAACAAAUUAUUUCACAACGAUGUACAAAAAUAUUUAAGUCAUAGUGAUGUUAAGUUCUUUUUCGAUAAUUUUUUAGGGAAAUAACUUUUUUUUUAGUUUCUUUUUCUAAAACCCCGAAUUCAAUGAAUGUUUCUAUGAUGGAAUAGUUUUUGUAAUUAAUAUUUAUUCUAAUUAUAACGGCGGGUUCACACUUGUGUAGGUAUGAUAAAUGUGCGAGUGUGUCCCUCGCCUUAUGUAGACUGUUAUUGUGAAGAGUAAAUAUAAACUUUUUUUUCA